UCGGCCUUGCGCUGCCUGGGUCCCAAGGGCCCCCAUUAGGUCCCAAGGGCCCCCCCAUUAGGUCCCAGUGCUCUCCGUGGGUCUCCACUCACCCCCUUAGGUCUACCCCUAGAUCCCAGCGGUUUGCGACGAGCAGGGAUGCCUGCCAUGCGCUGCUACUACGAGGUGCUCGGGGUGGCGAGGAACGCGUCGGACGAAGAGCUCAAGAAGGCCUACCGGCGCCUGGCGCUACAAUGGCAUCCAGACAAGAACGCCGACAAUGUGGAGGAGGCCACGGAGACGUUCAAGCUGAUCCAGGCGGCGUACGACGUCCUGAGCGAUGCGCAGGAGCGCGCAUGGUACGACGCGCACAGGGAAGCCAUCCUGCAGGGCGCCAUGUCUGGUGGGGAAUUCUCCGACGACAGCCUCGACCUCAUGCCAUACUUCACCGCUUCCUGCUACAGCGGCUUUGGCGACGACAACAAGGGCUUCUACACCGUCUACCGCAGCGUGUUUGAGGAGGUGGCGGAGGAGGAGUUCGUGGAGGACGACGCCGACGAUGAGUUUCCGUCGUUCGGAGACGCGGGCAGCGACUACGAGACGGUGGUGCACGUGUUCUAUGCGUACUGGCAGAGCUUCAGCUCGCGCCGCUUGUUCUCGUGGAAGGAAACCUACGACACGCGGCAGGGGAGCAACCGGUGGGAGAAGCGCGCGAUGGAGAAGGAGAACCGCAAGCUGCGGGAGCGGGCGCGGCGCGAGCGCUCCGAGGCCGUGCGGGAGCUUGUGGCGUUCGCGCGCAAGCGAGACCCCCGCGUCGCCGCGCACAAACGCGUGCUGGAGGAGCACAACGCCGAGAGGGCGCGGCGGUCGCAGGAGGCGCGCCGGCGGCAGAAGGCGGAGAGAGCCAGGCUGGCUGAGGGCUAUGAGCAGCCCAGCUGGGUGUGUCUGGAUGGGCUAGAGAAGGAGCUGGUUGCCCUCGAGGAGAGCUACCAGCACGAGUUUGGGGAGGAGCCGGCCAGCGACGGGGAUGACUCCAGUCACGACCCAGCCACGUCCGCAGAGCCAGAGGAGGCUGCGCGGGACUGGGAAGACUUUGAGCUGUAUUGCGCGGCCUGCAGCAAGGCCUUCAAGAGCCUCAAGGCGAAGGAGAACCACGACCGGUCCAAGAAGCACCGAGACAACGUGGCAUGGCUACGGCAGCAGAUGACAGCCGAGGAGUUCGCGUUCCUGUCCGGAGCGGGGCUCCAGGUGGAAGUUGCUGAUGUUGGAGGUGGGAAAGAUGAUGGAGGUGGGAAAGAUGAUGGAGGUGAUAAUUUGGAAGCUGAGGAUGCUGAUGAUGGAGAUGAUGACAACGACGAAGACGACGAUGAUGAUGAUGAUGAUGACGGCGAUGAAGAGGAGGAGAUGCCCAAGACUGAUGCGAGGAGACGACGGGGCCCAGUGAAAUCCGCUCGGAGCACCGAUGCCACUCACCACGCACCGCACACCCCCAGCACUGCACCCAACCUCGAACCGCACAUCCCCAGCACUGCCAGCACCGCGCCCAACCAAGACACCGCACAGACUAACGGUAUCGCGCACGCAGACGGAAUGGCACACGGCGACCACGACGCCAGGCCCGACGACCACGGCGCACCGUGCCCGGCACCCACCUCGGAGGACUCCCCAGGAAGGGAAGGCCCCCCGGGGGCACCAGAGGUGGCGGGCAAGAAAGAGGAGAGGACUGAGCGCACGAGGGAGGAGGGGAAGCGGGCGAGGAAAGGUGGCGACGCAACGAGCUCCAGGGAGGAUGGACGCAAGGGCAAGAAGAACAAGGAUGUUCCCCCGCCCAGUGAGCCCAGCACCAGCCAGGAAUCUCUGGGCUGCGACACCUGCGGGCAGGCUUUCUCUUCUCGGAACCGGCUGUUCCAGCACCUACGUAGCACCAAGCACGCUGCACCCCGCACCUCCGACCUCACGCCCCCCACGGCGCCAGCAGCACCCGGCAAGAAGGGCAAACACAAGCGGAAAUAGCCGCACAACCGCCCGUCCGCCCGUCCGCCUCUUAACCAGCCUUGUAAUUAUUUUUGCGGAGAUAAACACUGUAAAGUCACGGCGUUGCAUGUGCAAUCUGUGGUGGUGCUGUGUGAUGUAGGGGUGAGGGUCAAUUCUUAGUGACGGUAGGGUGGGGGUGGUGGUCCAGCUGGGAGCUUUGGCGCCACCUGGGCCAAGCGGAUCCUGUCGUUUCAAAUGCUGCUGCUGCUCUGUAGAAUCGUACUGCAACCCAUCUCUCUCUAAGCUCGUGAGAACGUGGGCCGCUUUCACAGAAAUACACUCGCGACACGGUAGCGGGAGUUUGUUUAUUUUCAUAUUUGCUUUUUUACGAAUCACUGUGUUGUGGCUGUCAUUGGGGGAUCGGAGCUGUGAGAGUUGGCUAGUGUAGGCAACGUGAGGUGGUGUGGGUCAGGUGAGGUGGUGUGAGUAAGGCUGA